AUGACUGCUGUGGCAUCACCACCUAGUGUGCAAUCGGGCCCUCACUUGGGAUGGUUCGACUCUGGUAACGGAGGACAAGGUGCUCUGUCUUCAAUGGACGCGGAAGAAGUCUCACGAACAUUUUUGCCGCGAAGGACUGUUCAGAGAUCGAAUUCCUCCUCUUCCCUAGCAUCUACUUCAUCAACCUCAACCGCUAUAGUCACGCCGCAACCCUCUAAUGCGGGACACGUGAACAACGUCGAACACGCUACAUGGUCAGCAAAGAAGAAAUCCUCAAGAAAUAACUGGACAACUUCCAAGUCAGAGCCGGUGGCUGGGCUGAGCAGCGCCCGCUCCCAGGCUAUGCCGGCCUUUUCUUCGGGCCCAGGAGCCUCUUCUACUAUGACCGCGAUUCACCAGCCGUCUUCCAUUGUUCCAUCUCAACACAUGCUUCAAGCAUCACAACAAAAUGGCGUACGCGCCGCGAGCGCACCAGCAGGCGAUCCUCCCGCCAUUCUCACACUCUUACCCAUCAACGGUACCUUCGACAAGAAGCAGAUUAACGUACCCUUCUAUCCGGACCUACUCCGCAUAGGCCGUCAGACAAACGCCAAGACUGUGCCAACCCCAGUGAACGGUUACUUCGAUUCCAAGGUGCUGUCUCGACAGCACGCCGAGAUCUGGGCAGACAAGAGCGGAAAGAUCUGGAUCAGGGAUGUCAAGUCGUCAAACGGUACAUUCGUGAAUGGGCAGCGUUUGUCCCCGGAGAAUCGCGAAUCGGAACCCCAUGAGCUUCGCGAGAACGAUACCUUGGAGCUUGGAAUUGAUAUCGUCAGCGAGGAUCAGAAAACGGUUGUUCAUCAUAAGGUUUCCGCCAAGGUUGAACAUGCCGGCGUAUACAGCAGCAUUCCGAAUAUCUUGGACCUCACACUAGGCGAUUUGGAUCCUGCUUCUGGAAAUGGACUGCUGCCGUCUCCCCUUAGUCAACCGAUGUCACAUCUCAGGGGACGAUCGGGAAGCACCAUGAGCAACCGCAGUGCUCAGAGUGCAGCUAGCAGUCAAUUCAACGCAAUACAACAACAACGUCAGAUGAACUAUUGGAAUUCUCCUAUAUCUAUAGAACAAGUUGUUAAGCGACUUACGGUAUGUCAUCAAGGUCACCUUCGCAGCGAGCUUGCUCUAACACGAUUUCAGAGUGAAAUGAAACAGGCUAAACAACAAUCGCAAGAGCUCCGGCAAACGGACGAGUUCUUGACUACUAUAAUGAAACCCGGAUAUGCAGAGAGGGAGAAACCGAAGCCUUCACCAGCGGAUAAUAAUGCACCCCGUCCAGUUAAUGGGCGGCCAAAGAUGCCUCGCGUAGAUUCCUUCUCUCGCUUUUCGGACCCGCCAGCUCCUCCACCGCAGCAACCCUUGCCCGAAAAGCCCGAUGCUUUGCCGCGGAACGGCACAGACGCCCUAUCGCCGUUGAAGCGAUCCGAGACAGAAAAGUCUAAGCUUGGCCCGAACUCGCCCGUUACACGUGAAAAUAGCCAGAUUUUGUCUCUCAUUGAGGCUCUGUCCUCCGCCAAAAGGGAGCUCGAUAGCCAGGGUGCUCGUGUUAAGGAGCUAGAAGCGUUGCUGAUUCAGGAACGAAAUGCUCGUGAAUCUGCCGAGGAGAAGGCCCGUAGUUUGGAGAUGAAAUCCAUUCAGCCUGCUCCCGGCCUCACCGCAGAUGCUGAAGCCGAAGACAGCACCAAGAACUUGACUGAAAUGGAAGAGUCAAAGACUACGCUGCCAGAUGCCGGAGCUUCGAUCGAUUCUGAUGCACCCGCUUCUGAAAAGGAGUCGAUGGCAGAAAGUCAAACAGAUGCUUUACAACGUCGUCUCGAGUCAAUGAUACUGGAGAUGGAGGAGAUGAAGAAGCAGGUCACAAUGUUCAAAGACCGGGCAGAAGUCGCGGAGAAUGAGACUGUUGAGGCGCGGAAGUCGCUGGCGGAGAUGAUUGAAACUCUGCGGCAAGAGCGCGCAGAGCGUACUCAGGGCAAAGUAGUGUCUGGUGCGCAGACAGAUGCUCCUGCUCCUGCUGGUUCUCCAUCUGAGCCACAAGAAUCCGCCGAAGAGAAGGGCAGCGUGUGCGCUGAGCAACCACAGCUCACUGCGACGCCGUCAGCUACAAAAGCGGUGGACAACGCAAGCACGACGUUUGCGACACAAUCACACCGCCACGACGUCUUAGAGCAAUCCAGUCCUUUUGCUUCUAUGCUUGGAGUGGUGCUCCUCGGCGUUGGGCUGAUGGCUUACCUGAACAGCUGGCAGAAGAUGGACAAAUGA